AUGACAGCAUUAAGUUUGCAGGCAUUUAGAGCACUAGAACAAAUAGAAGCGGAUUUGGACGCAGCCCGAAUCCAGACAGCAGCCUUGGCAGCGCUCAUUGCACCCGCCACAAAAAUGUUCCAUUUCGAUGAUGGUGCUAAUACGUUCGAACUAAGCAGUCCUAUCCUACUGCAACAUCUCAGAAACCUAGGUUUUUUUUUCCUUUCGUUCUCUACGGAAGUCGCUAAUAGAGUAAUUAGCCAGACAUGGCUCAGUACAGUUGUAACUGAUCCUCAGCAAGAGCGUCAAAUUAUUUCCUUGAUGAUCUUAGAUAGACAUCGUUUGAAAUGCAAGUGUUAA